AUGGCGUGGUACUCCAUCCUUCCGCCAGAGCUUACCCACCUAGAGAGCUGGGUAGCUCGUAUCUUUUUCUUCCUCGGUCUCAUCACCAUUGGACCCUGGGCUUUCCUUGUACUCCUCGACGCAACAAUCUGGAUAUACCGACUGAUUCUUUGGGAGGUGCCCUAUAUUGGUGGACGGGCACGUGGUCGACAGCGCCCUCGCGCGCCCAGCUUGAAUGAACGUCCCUGUGGGCAGCGGAGGGCCUUUGGACUGCGCGGCGUGGAGACGGAUACCGGUGAUAGCGAGGGGGUGAUCGUGAUGACUCUUUCGGUCCGGAAAGGGAGACUCGGAAGGAGAAUGAUGGCAGAACUAUACAAACUAGACAUCGGUGCAUGGCCUAUAUUCUCCAGACACCUGCUUUGUGCUUUUAUCGUGGGCUUGUGUGCUGCAAUGUGGAGGGUUCGACAAUCUCGCAAGGCUAAUACAUACGAAAGGACAAAGCCAUCUUGCUCGGACAAUAAGAAAUCCCCCAUCACACCACUAAAGGGAUUCAACUGGGAGGAGACUGAGCCGUUACAAUUUCGGCCCUUCAAAGGAAAAGACAAAUAUAACUUGACCAUGGCACUUGAGAAUCUUGAUCCAUCAGAUCUCAUCCAGAUGGACAAAACAUACAAGAACCGAGUCACUCUCCGCAAAUCCGUACUUGACCAGCACCACGAUAUAGUGGUAGCAAUCAACAAUGAUAAGACCCCAGAGGAGGACCCUCGCAUCCGGCCCGCCAUUAGCGAACUAUACAACUUUAUGCUGGGAACAUACCUACCAACCCGAUAUCCGAGCAUGUUCCAUCUAAACGCUGGAGGCUCACUCUUCCAAAAUCUGGUAACAGGCGCGACCUGGGCAACAACGCUGUCACCGACAACGCCAACGAUCCAAGCUCUGGAAAUCCUGAGCCAGACAGUAGACGAGGAUUUCUUAAUCCUACUACCUGAGAUUUCACCCGACAGUGAGGAACAACCGAAAUACGUACUACAGGCAUAUGCGACCUGUUUCCCGGCUGGCUUCAACACGCGCGAGAAACUCGGGUUGCGUUUGGCAGAUAUCCAUGGCCCCGUUCCGCGCUAUCAGGAGAGGAUUGGACGCAGCAUGGAUAAAUUCUUUGCGCGUAUUGAGGUUGGGAAGUUUGUGAAACGAGUUAAUUGGAGCAUUACUAUUGACACGGGACUGUUUGCUGCUUUUGGUGGAACACAUGCUGAGUCCGGGAAAAAGGAGGAGGUUAUUGAGGUUGGGAAAUUGAAUGUUGAUCAGACUGUUCUCCGAUGUGAGCGUCAGACAUUGCAUCGGCUGCCGGUGUCCAAGGCUCUUGUCUUUAUUGUCCACACUUAUGUUUAUCCGAUUAAGCAGAUUAAGGAUGAGGGCUCUGGUGAGGAGUUUGCGAAUGCGGUCGAUGGGCUGAAGAGGGGGAAUGUGCCAGAAAUCCAUACUUAUAAGAAGGGAGAUGUGUGGGGAGAAGCAUUGAAGGACUUCCUAAGGGCCUAG